CCGGACUUCCCCUACACUCGGGCAUCUAGCUCUUUCUCUGCCGUCGCACAAUUGUAUACCCGGUCAUCACAACUUGAUACCGCAGAGGUGCGGCAUCGGCGUUUCCGUGAUACGCCGCCCUGGUGUCAUUUCGGCUGUGACGCCUUUGAGAGCGUUCGCUAUAUUUUUACUCGCUGCCCGGCCUUCUCGGCUAUCCGUCGUGCGCAUAGCAUACAGCUGUGUGAUGAAACCUCCUCGCUGCUUGAGGGCAAGGCUGCCGAUCAUCUGCGAGAGGUCUUGGAACGAGCAGCUCAACGCCUGUUUUCCGACGACGCGGGGCUUUGGCCACAAUAUCGGACGCGUUUUUACGUGGGUGUACUGCCCCCACUUGCGCGUAUUGUAAGCAACAUGACUGAGACAGAAGUGGGUGUAUUACCCCCACAGUCUCAUGGUAUGGGCAACUUUGCGUCUGGUAAUGCGGGUGUCUUACCCCCACAGCUGGAUAGUACGACGAUGGAACCUAAGGUGUUGUCACGAUUAGCGCAGGUAUGGCACAUGCAUAGUAUUCGGCUUGCAGGACGUAUUUGGGGAGAGUACAAACGACGUGCAAGGUCUCUGAGUGCCGUUCCUUCUGACAUAGUGACAUAUAAGUCUUUGGACACUUAUGCGUACCUCCUACCGGACGUUUGA